UUCUAAUUUGACAGUAAAAGAAUAUGGCAAUAUUAACUUAUCAAUUUUAAAUUUCUAUUGUAACAAAGUUCAUAAAAACAUUCAAAAUUUUCAGUGUUUAUAGAGAAACUUAUUGCAAAAAAUGAACAAAUCUUCGUAUGAAUUACUAGAUGAUAAUUUAAUAUCUUCUCCAUCACAACAAACUAGUAGCAGCAAUAGCAGUGUGAGCAGCUGUUCAAAUGAAUCCCUUAAAACACCAGAGAAGAAAAUAAAUCAAGCAGAUGAACAUAAAAUUACCGAAAUACCUCCAAACGAACCCGUUCCGACCAUCUCAGAAGAAGAAUGGAUAUCAGGAGGUUCUUUAGGAUCUCGUAACACUGUCCUUAUUUUUAAAAGUUCAGCUUUAGCUAGUGCAUCAGAAUCAUCGAUACAAGAAAAGCCUGCCUGUAAAUUACAUAUUACUUACAAAGUAUUACAAGCCGAAUCGAAAUUAUUAUCUAAAUUAUUGGAUUGUCAUGGCAUUACCGAAGUCGCCCCGAAUUCAUCAGAUUUUAACUUACUAUGGACCGGAUCACAUCCUAAACCAGGUACAAUAAGAUCGUUAGCUCCACACCAAAGAGUAAAUCAUUUUCCACGAUCGUAUGAGCUAACCCGCAAAGAUCGACUGUAUAAAAACAUAGAGCGUAUGCAGCAUGCGAAAGGACUGAAAAAUUUUGAUUUCAUCCCACAAACAUUCGUCAUGCCCAUCGAGUAUCGUGAUCUGUGUACAACACAUCAUCGAGUAAAAGGACCUUGGAUAGUCAAACCUGUAGCCUCAAGCAGGGGUAGAGGUAUUUUUAUCGUCGAAACUCCAAAUCAAGUGCCUCUAGAAGAACCAGUAGUAGUGGCCAAAUAUAUUUCCAAUCCUCUUUUAGUAGCCGGUCACAAAUGCGACCUGAGAUUAUACGUAGUGGUAACUAGUUUUGAUCCGUUGCUAAUUUAUAUUUAUGAAGAAGGUUUAGUGAGAUUUGCUACUGUUAAAUAUGAUGCUAGUCACAAGCAGCUAUGGAACCCAUGCAUGCAUCUCUGUAAUUAUAGUAUUAAUAAAUAUCAUAGUGAUUAUGUCAAAUCGGAUGAUCCUUCAGCCGAAAAUGUUGGUCAUAAAUGGACUCUAAGUGCUUUAUUAAGACAUUUGAAAUCUGAAGGUAAAGAUACGGCGCUAUUGAUGUCUCAAAUUGAGGAUAUGAUUAUUAAAGCAAUCUUGGCGUGUGCUAAUUCUGUGAUAUCAGCUUGUAAAAUGUUUAUUCCCUUUACCAACAAUUGCUUUGAACUGUAUGGCUUCGAUAUUUUGAUAGAUAAAACACUCAAACCGUGGUUAUUAGAAGUUAAUUUAUCACCUUCAUUAAACUGCGACAGUCCAUUAGAUGUAAGGUUAAAAUCCGCCAUGUUGGCUGAUCUGUUAUCCCUAGUGGGAAUACCUGCCGUUGAUCCCAUGGUUAGAAUUAACGAUGAUCAUCACAAGUCAAAUUCAAGUAUUAGAUCCAAUUUAACUCACUGUAGAAGAGUACAUUCUGCUGAUGGAUUGGGUAAUAGCAACUCGUCAUUAAAAAAAGGCGCACAUACCGUAGGAAGAGGACCAUCUCCGUACACAGCAGAAGAAUCUAAAAUCAUUCGUCUUGCUUCUGCAGAGUUUAAAAGAAGAGGUGGCUUCGUUAGAAUUUUCCCAUCUGCUGAUAGUUGGAUGAAGUAUUCGCAGUAUUUAGAUAGGACUACUGGAAUACCGCAAUCUGGAAAUCCUGGAACUAACUUUUGUUUAAGCAGUCAACACAAUUUUAAUUUGUUGAUCUAUACGCAUUUCUAUCCGGACAUUCCAGUGGCAACGAAUACGAGUGACAGGCUUCAAAGUCGUUCUAGGCAGACAAUUGUCAAACGUGACCUGUCUGUUGAUAGUCACAAAGCAACGUAUAAGAACUUACAUACCAGACAAGACAGGUAUGAGCGAAUGUUAAGUCAAGGACAUAAGUCAUCACUAGCUCCCAGUAAAACUACUAGAGAAACGCAAUGCCUAGAUAUGAAAAAGAAAAUAAUCGAGAUGUUGCAUACUGGAAAACGGAUAACGCAAUGGCAGGCUAGAAAAACAUUUAGCCAUUAUUUGGGCUGCAUAUUACGAAGAAUUGUUAAAGGACCAGAUCAAGAUGACCAUGUCGAGAUUGUCUUGAAAUUUAUGCAGAAAGCCUCAAAUUAUUUGAGAACUCCGUUCAACGUUAAGACACCAAGUCAGAAACUCGAUUACAAAGAUAGAGCAGCUGUUAUAGCUAAACAAUUAAACGACUUCUUGUACCUGUACAACAGAGAAACGGAUAUGUACGUCGACAAAACUGAAAAAACUGGUCAAAUACCAAAGAAAAUUUAUAAUGAGUUUCUAGAAAACGCUAGAGAAUGUGACCUGGAGGAGUUGUUGAUAUACCAGACCACGCAAAAUGUGCCAAGCUAUGCUGCAAAUCAAAGCUUUCCAGGUUUGUUAAAGUGUAUUCCAGCAAUACCAAAGCAUUACGGCCUCAAACCCCCUACUAAAAUAAAUAAAGCAAGAGCAAACAUUAAAGGUCCCGCACAAGUUGAAGUCCACCACUAAGCAUUUGUUUUGGUGUAGUAAUGGUGAAAACGAAUUGAUAAAGAACCAAAGAUUUUUCGUAACCGAUACCAAUCGUACUAUUAUCAAAGAAAAUAAGAUUUUUUAUCUACCUAGAGACUUGUUUUUUGAUUGAUUUUGGCUUAACGGUUAUAAAAAGUUCAUAACCUAUAUGUACUCAAUUAUGAAUCAAAGACGCCUAAAAACUGUUUUAUAUUAUAUUCUACGUAAAUAAGAUGUUGUCCUAUUGGUCCAUGGUGCUAGUUUAUUUAUAGCCAGGAAAAAUGUAUAUUUAAGCAGAAAAUAUCUUCAAAACAAUAUUCUUUCAUGAAAUUAGUUUUUUUACAGAUUAUUUCAGAGGAGUCUUCUUUUUUGUAUUCGAUCUAUAGCUUCUGUAAAAAUGCCCUUAUUUCUCGAGUAUUCAGGAAGUAACAGAAAAGUGUAAAGAAAUGUUUGGAAAUCUUUAAAAAACAUAACAAAAAGAAUAUACUAUAAUAGAGCUAGAGCUCAAUUUUAAACUGUAUUUAAAAAUUGAACUUUGAAAUGUAUUAAUAUGUAAUUUUUGAUUCCUGAAAAUGAAAACGUAAUUUUAAGACUUAAUCGCUACACCAUAAUACAGAUAAAAAAAGCUGAGUCUGUUGCUGACUCUUUUGCCAUAUCUAUUAAUAAAAAAAUGCUUUUAUAAUUUUUAAGCCUAUAACUCAAAAAUGAAAUUCUUAUUACAAAUCAUUAUGUCGGAUUCCAGUAGAGCGGUGGAAUGAGACUGAAAUAACGUAAAUCUGCACUGGACUGAACACUCCAGUGAGCAAUCCACUCCAGUUGAAUGGAAUGACGGUCUAUUUUUCAAUUCAGCUCGCUCAUUCCAGCGUCACUGGAAUAUUUUGAACGGUCAAUCCAGUACUUGAUUAUUGCAUUAAGGGAUUAAAUCACUUUCAAUGGUGUUACCGAUCUUACAGCUUUUGAAUAACUGGAAAAUGUGGACGAUAUGAUCCAGUUCAGCACUGUGCUGGAUAACUACCUGAAUUACUGGGGGAAAUAAUGUGAACCAGGAUUAAUGUCAACCUACACUGGAAUGAAACAUUCCAGUGAUUAUUCCAGAACGACGGUCUAUUUUUGAUUCCAGCUCGCCCAUUACAGCGCCACUGGAAUAGUGUGAACGACCAAUUCAAUGCUUGAUAAUGGCAUUGAAGCAUUGUCACUAUAGUGUUACCGAUCUUACGGCUUUUGAAUAACUGGAAUAAUGUAGACGAUAUGAUCCAGUCCAGCACUGUGCUGGAUAACUACCUGGAUUACUGGAGGACAUAAUGUGAACCAGGUUUAAUGUCAACCUGCACUGGAAUGAAACAUUCCAGUGAUUAUUCCAGAAUGACAGUCCAUUUUUGAUUCCAGCUCGCCCAUUCCAGCGCCACUGGAAUAGUGUGCUCGACCAAUCCAAUGCUUGAUAAUGGCAUUGAAGCAUUGCCACUAUAGAGUUACCGAUCUUACAGCUUUUGAAUAACUGGAAUAAUGUAGACGAUAUAAUCCAGUCCAGCACUGUGCUGGAUAACUACCUGGAUUACUGGAGGAAAUAAUGUGAAAAAGGUUGAAUGUCAACCGGCACUGGAAUGAAACAUUCCAGUGCAGGUUGCAUGAAACAUUCCAGUGAUUAUUCCAGAAUGACGGUCUAUUUUUGAUUCCAGCUCGCCCAUUCCAGCGCCACUGGAAUAGUGUGAACGACCAAUCCAAUGCUUGAUAAUGGCAUUAAAGCAUUGUCACUAUAGUGUUACCGAUCUUGCAGCUUUUGAAUAACUGGAAUAAUGUAGACGAUAUGAUCCAGUCCAGCACUGUGCUGGAUAACUACCUGCAUUACUGGAGGAAAUAAUGUGAAACAGGUUUAAUGUCAACCUGCACUGGAAUGAAACAUUCCAGUGAUUAUUCCAGAAUGACGGUCUAUUUUUGAUUCUAGCUCGCCCAUUCCAGCGCCACUGGAAUAGUGUGCACGGCCAAUCCAAUGCUUGAUAAUGGAAUUGAAGCAUUGUCACUAUAGGGUUACCGAUCUUACAGCUUUUGAAUGACUAGAAUAAUGUGGACGAUAUGAUCCAGUCCAGCACUAUACUGGAUUAAGUCGCUGGAUAAUUGGACUGGAAAAAUGUGAACCGGACACAUUAUUCCCAUUAUUCCAGUCCAAUAAUCCAGCUAGUUAAUCCAGUACAGUGCUGGACUGGAUGAUAUCGUUUACAUUAUUCUACUCAUUCAAAAGCUGUAAGAUCGGUAACACUACAGCAUUGUUUAAAAAAUAAUAGUUGGUUAACGCAAUGAAUAAAUUUGUUUAAUUCUAAUUGAGAAAGUCGCCAGAUGUCACCACCAUUUCUGUCAGGGUUGCAAUGCCACGCUUAACUACGAUAAAUCCAAACUACAUAGACAUUAAGUUGAAAUAUUCAUAACACACCAUUUCGCAUACAUAUUAAGAAAAAUAAAUAUAUGGAAGAAUAUAUUUAGAAAUUGAAUUAAUGACGUCAUGCUACUAUACAUUAUACAUAUGACAUGACAUCAUUAAUUCCAUUUCUAAAUAUAUUCUUCCAUAUACAGUCGAACCCGCUUAUUAGAGUACCGGUUAUAGGAAUAUCCCGAUUUAUGGAAUAUAAAUUCGAGGUCCCGAAACGUUUCCAUUUACCCUUUAAUAAAUUUAUCCGUUUAUUGGAAUAUGGUUUAGUAACCUCAUACCGCUUUUUAGAAUAAUUUUUUUCAGGUCAACAAAUAAAUUUUACGUACAAUUUCCUAAAAAUUUUAAAUUUGCCUGAUAUAAUGGUUUGUCGGUAAGAGCUUCGAAAGCCUGCUGUUUUGUAUAUUAUUACGGGUUGUCAGGUACCUAAUAAACACUUUAUUACUGUGUUAUGAGUAAACGCUCCUUUCCCACAGAAAAUUCAAUCGUAUGCCGACAAGGUCAUAAAAUAAUUUCAUUUGUCCAUAAAUUUCUAUUGGCACACACAGGUACAUUGCCACACACUUGGCUAUUUCUAGAAACAGCAUUUUUCUAUAAGAUUAUUUAUUACCAGUAAUUGAUCGUUUGUUGGGAAGUCAUUUCUAAAACCCAAUUUCGAUUUAUUGUCUAAUCGUUUCGUAAUUAUUUUUGUAAAUAGAUUAUAAAUUUUGAUUGACAUAAAAAGACCUAAAACCAUAUGCAUAUACAUAUUGACAUAGUAUGUACUAUUAUAACGUAUAUUCGGUACACUUAUUUCAGCUAGCCACCAAUGAUCGGUUAUUAGAGUAUCCCGCUUAUAAAAAUAUUUUUGCUUGGCACGAAGGCUAUUCUAAUAGCGGGUUCGACUGUAUUUAUUUUUCUUAAUAUGUAUGCGAGUUAAUGUGUUAUGAAUAGGAUCGUAUAUAACUUGGUGUCUAUGCAUUUUGAAUUUAUCGUAGUUACGCCUGACGUUGCAACCCUGCAAACAAAUUUAUUCAUUGCGUUGACCAACUAUUCUUUUUCAAACAAUGACUAUAGUUACAAUGCUUUAAUGCCAUAAUAAAGUACUGGAUUGCCCGUUCACGUUGUUCCAGUGACGCUGGAAUAGGCGAACUGGAAUGAAAAGUAGUCAGUCACUCCGGUCAACAGGACUGGAUUGAUCAGUGGAAUGGUUCAUUCCUGUGCAGGUUUACAUUAUUCCAGUGGCAUUUCACCGCUCUACUGGUAUGCUGCACUGGAAUAAUAUGAACAGAACAUGCAGAACACUUUUUUUUGUCAUGAAAGCCAAAACUAAGCGUGUAAUACCUAAUUAGGACACUUUUUUAUCCUGAAAGCCAAAAUUCAAUACAAAAGAGAUAUCUAACUAGAAAUUUCGAUUGUUGAAUAUUUAUUUUUAGAGGACCAAUUUUUGGGUAUAACCCUUUUGCUAAUAAUUUUUCUUAUGUAUUUUUUGUACACCGUUUUAAUUUGAAAUAAAUGCCAAUAAAAACGCA